AUGGGGGACAUGGAGAGCCUGAGGGAGAGGUUGUAUGUCUUGAACAAGUUGGAUGAGAAAAUAAUGAUGGCCCAGUGGGCUAUGGAGGCAGCCCAACAAAGGAGGAAGCUGUGGCACAACAAGCACUUAAAACGAAUGAGGUUUGCUCCAGGACAACUGGUACUGAAAUAUAAUGGGCGUAAUGCGAUUAAACUAGGAAAAUUCAAGGUAAGAUGGUUAGGACCAUAUAAAGUCUCCGAGGUGGCCGAGAAUGGGGCAGUGAAGUUGUGGACACUUGAUGGACGGGAGGUUGUAGGAAACAUCAAUGGGUCAAUAUUAAAACAGUAUCACGAGCAGAGGCAAUCGACUGACCCCAAUUCCUCCCGAAGAAAUACUUAG